UUUGAUGAAGGGUCUUGAUGAAAUGAACCGGCAGUUGGACAUGCUAAACAAUUAAGUUGCUCUCGUCGAGACUAAGAUCAGUGCAUGGUCGUGCUCCUUCUCUUCAGCCUGCUGCUGGCUGGGGCCCUUUCCCAAGACGCAGAGCCGAUAAGAGAGACCGAGAUUGGUAGACAAGGGGGUUUUGUGGCUUUGAGAUGUGGUUUUUCUGAUGUCACGUGGUCUAAAAAUGUCAACGGGGAACAAACAGACGUUAAGACAUUGGGGGAUAGAAGGUACAUUGUGACUGCUGACGGUACAAUGUACAUCAGCAGACUAAAAGAGAUCGAUGCUGCAGUUUACACGUGCACCAAGUUCGACACUCCUAUCAAGGAGGUCACUGUUGCUAUGGCAGCCCGCCCGACGAUUGCAAUCUCCCCAAGUGACGUUACAGUGCACGUAGGAGCUCUGAUACACUUACCUUGUGAAGCACAGGGCGAUCCUAAACCUACUAUCGAGUGGAGAGUUGGGAGAAGUCAGCUUAGGAAUGUACCAGUGAUUUCUGACGAUUUAACCGAAGAGGAAAUACGGAACUACGCCGGCGGCAACUUCCUGGUCACGGAGAAGGGCCAUCUUUACAUCCGAGAUGUUACACCUGGUUACAGUGCUCAGUACAUCUGCAUGGCUACAAAUGAUGGAGGAAGUUCCUGGGCCACCUCUAGAGUUCUCGUCCUAGAUCCUCCCAAGAUAACGACCAGACCCCAAGAUACGAACUCCCUUGAUGCUGAUAUUAUCGGUAUCGCGUGCAGGGCUAAUGGCAACCCUAACCCUAAAAUCACAUGGAGAGUCGAAACUUUCGAGAACAUAACGAUUGUGGAGCCGGAGAACCACCCUAGUGGAAGGUACGAAACAGAUGCGUACAAGACCCUGCGGAUCAGGUUCCCUCUUCCCAGUGACAGUGGAAAGUAUAUUUGUGUAGCUACCAACGCCGGGGGAGUCACAGAGGCCAGCGCCAUCUUACAAGUCCUUAUUACCCCUCAGUUUAGGGAGCCACCCAAAGAUGCGUGGGUACCGUUUGGAGGCAGUGCCGUAUUCAGUUGUUCAGUGUUCGGUAGUCCCACUCCAGUUAUCGAAUGGUUCAAGGACAACCAGUAUCUGCCCUUCUCCCAAACCUAUGAGAUCCAACAUGUAACCCGGCCAGGAGAGGUACAGGAGAGACUGGUGUUCAGGUCCAUACAGUUCGAAGAUACUGGUUUCUACGAGUGUAGAGCCAGCAAUCUGGCUGGUACCAGUCGACAUGAGUUCUCUUUAGCAGUCACUGAUGCCACACCAUUCCCCGGAGACAGAUUCGUAUCGGAUGCUCUAGAUUACGCUCAGGAGUUCGUUCAGAGUGCUAUUCAGGAGACUCAAAUCAUCCUCAAAGCCCGUUUUAACGCACCUAACUUCAACCCCACCCCUCAAGACUUGUUCCACAUGGUCAGACAGCCUACUAGACAGGCACUAUACAUGGCAAUGUCAGCAGAGGUAUUCGAACACGCGAUGGACUACAUACACGAGCAAAUUGAAGCCCUGAACGUAACCUCUAUGGAGAGGAACAACGUACCUCUUGGCUCUCUGCUCAGUCCGGAAGCUAUUGACCAUCUUGAAGAUCUGUCUGGCUGUCACCGUAGGAAACGACAGCCCAAGUGUCAGAUGAGGUGUCAGGGUAUGUCGUUCAGGUCCCACGACGGAACUUGUAACAACAUCAAGCACCCUACCUGGGGUUCCAGCCUUAACAAGAUCAACAGAUUCCUUCCCGCUCUCUACGAAAACAAGUACAAUACUCCCCGUGGUUGGGGUCGUACUCUUCCCUCUGCCAGAAUGAUCUCCCAGCGUCUGAUCCGGACCUACACUACCAAGGCUCACUCUCAGUUUAGUGUCCUUAUGAUGCAUUUCGGUCAGUUCGUCGACCACGAUCUUGCUCAGACAGUGGCAGGACCUAGUGAAACAUCAUUUGCUCCAUUCCUACGAGUACGGUGUGAACAAACCUGUACAAACACCAUGCCUUGCUUCCCAAUAGAGGUCCACAGCAAUGACUCCAGGAUAGAUGCAGCGUGUAUGCCCUUCGUUAGAUCUGCCUCAAUAUGUGGUACCGGUGACACGAGUGUGUUCGGUAAGGAAACGAGAGUAAGAGAGCAGUUGAAUCAGGUGACGUCCUUCCUGGACGCUAGUACUGUGUACGGUAGUGCUGAUCAGGAGAUGGAGACUCUCCGGGACAGAUCUGCCAACAAAGGUCAGUUGAGAGUUGGAGAGGAGUCAAUUCCCGGGAAACACUUCCUACCUAUCGAAGACAACCUUAUUCCUGAAGAAAUGGAGAGUGACAGGAGGUGUAUUGGUCGAGCUGCCACUGUAUUCCUGGAUUGCUUCAUUGCAGGAGACUUCAGAGUAACAGAGCAGCCAGGCCUGACCACCCUUCACACCCUGUUCAUGAGACAGCACAACGAGAUAGCUUACAAUCUAGCUGAAGUGAACCCCCAGUGGAACGAUGAUCGUAUCUACGAAGAAGCCAGGAAGAUUAUAGGAGGUGUCAUGCAGCAUAUCACAUACCAGGAGUACUUACCCAAGGUGCUAGGAGUUGAAGGAAUGGAGCAGAUUGGUGACUACACUGGUUACGACUCCGAUGUGGACGCCUCUCUUCUAAACGAGUUCUCUACCGCCGCUUUCAGAUUCGGACACACCCUCAUUCCACCUACUCUCUUUAGACGAGGAAAGAAUUACGACAAGUUUGAGUUGGGAGAUAUGCCCCUACACAACUCCUUCUUUACUCCCUACAGACUCUUAGACGAGGGUGGUGUGGAUCCAAUAAUCAGAGGAAUGAUCAUGCAGAAUCUGAAGUUACCUGACGGUAAACUGUCUGACUCUCUUACUGAACGACUCUUCCAUGUGGUGGCUCAGGUAGCCUUGGAUCUGGCAGCAAUCAACAUACAGAGAGGACGUGACCACGCUAUCCCAACUUACAAUGACAUGAGACAAGUUUGUGGAAUGAGACGAGCUCUGGACUUCCACGAUCUUCAGGGUGAGAUUAGGAACGCCACAACCAGACAGCUCCUAUCCGAGCUAUACUCUUCAGUUGACGAGAUUGAUCUCUGGGUUGGUGGACUUGAGGAGGAUAUUGUGGAGGGUGGUCUAGUUGGUCCUACAUUCAGAUGCAUCAUAGCUGAACAGUUCAAGAGAGUGAGAGACGGAGACAGGUUCUGGUUUGAAUCAGAUAAGCACUUCACUCAGGAGCAGAUCAGACAGAUAAAGAAGAUCACCAUGGCCAAGGUCUUCUGUGAUAGUGGAGACAAAAUCGAGAAAGUCCCAGUGGAUGUAUUCAUGUACAACUCAGAUGCUCACAAGUUCACCCAAUGUAAAGAUCUCCCUAAAUUUGAUUACUCUGCGUUUGUCGACUGUGGAGGGGCAGAUUAUCUUAGAUACCAAUCGUACCUGUACGAUGGUACACCAGGCUCCACUGAUCUUACCGGUACGAGUGAUGCCAUAUCUAACGGUCCAAGAACCACAACAGGCACCUUCGGAAGCACUCUUACCCCCGGUGGAACCACUGGGUCACCUCCAGAUGAGGGCACUGGCACCACUGAUAGUGGCACUGCUACUACUGAUGGAGGCACUGACACCACUGAUAGAGUCACUGCUGCUACUGAUGGAGGCACUGACACCACUGAUAGAGUCACUGCUGCUACUGAUGGAGGUACUUCCGCCACAGACGCCGCCACAGAAGGGGGCACUCUCACCGGGGGGAGAGGUGGUAUGGAAAAAACUGCCACCACUGUGGUAGUCUACCCGACCCCAGCCACUUCAUACGCUCGUGAGGAUCUACAGGAUGUGGUCACUAAAGAUCCUGUUGAAACUCCUGCGAACCCCAUCGAGGGAAGAGCUGACUCUGAGUUUGAUGAAGCAGUUGUCGCGCGAUUGACUGUGAGAGAUGAUCUGGAAGCUUUGAUGAAGAGUCUUGAUGAAAUGAACCGGCAGUUGGAUAUGCUAAACUAUAAAGUUGCUCUCGUCGAGACUAAGGCAGAAAAGCUGGAGGAGAGGAUGUUGGUAGAAGGAGGAUGUCUAGUAGCUGGAAAAGUUUACGAACAGAGUGAAAGGUGGAACGGAGAUGAGUGUACGGUCUGUACCUGCCAGGGAGGAGCCGUUACUUGUGAACCCAACCCAGCCUGCGCUAAACUCACCUUAUAGUAAACAACAUAGCAUUCAAUCAAAAUGCUCUGAAAAUUAAUCUGUCUCAUCACAAAGUUCGCCUAGGGAAACUUUACUCUAUUUCCUGCUUCAGCUUCUCUCCCUUAAAACUGACCAACAGGAGUACGACCACAGUCAUGACCUUUUCCGAUGCCACAUUUAAUCACACUUCUCUCUUGAGAAGUCACGAUAUACGUUCAAAAUCUGCCCUGUCAUGUAUUAAUGCUUUUCAUACAAAGUUACAACAAAGUCUUCAUGUUAUGUAUCCUGGGUUUGGACAGGAUAUUACCCGUUUAAAAUAUUUCCAUCACGUUACAUAAUUUUCAAUAAAUGUAAUAUAGAUUUGUAGUGUUGUACUUGUAAUUAGUUCAAAUAUGUCAUAAUAGCCUAGAAUUGCAAUCUUUAGCGGUGGUUUUUUCUCUGGAUAUUCUAUGAUUGUUCUUGAGUUAUCUGUUAUAAUGUUAUGAUCGAUGAAUAGAUACAUGCAUAAAAAUGGAGUCCGGGGAUGCUGAAAUAAAACUAUAAAUCUUAUUUGUUCAUUUGGUUGUGAAUUUUAUUAAGUGUCUGAGAUGAAUGAUCGUAAUGUCAUUCGCUGAUAAUUCCAAACCCGAAAAAUAUUCAACAGAUUCGACGAUGUACCAAACUGAAAGACGUGAAAUGUAAUAUUUUUACGAGAAUUAAUUUGAUUUUGAUAAUUUAUUUGAUUUUAGUCACUAAUGAUAACAAUUUUUGAGAAAUAGAGAAGGUCAAUUUCAUAACCGGUGAAUCUUUAAAAAAGGGAUAAAUACUUAAUAUUCAUACUGUCUUGAGUUUAAAUUUGAUUAAAAUUAAAUUGUGAUGUCGCCAUAGAAUUUAAAAUAUAGAUGGCGAUGUUAUUAUAUUGAGUAAUGAUCAUUACAUAGUGUCACUCCUAUUGUGGUAUCUCGUCAUUAUAAGCUUCACUUAAAUCUGUGGCGAUUAAUUAUAUUUAUUGUAACUUUAUAAUGGCGUAGGGUUGUAGAGAUUAAGUAUAAAAUUUUAUAUCAACCAAAGCCUUUGUAAUGGGCCUAAUGGCUUAAAUGAUGAAACUGGUCACCUAAUAAAUAUGAAGUUUAAUCGAAAGCAGUAUUGUGGCACACCCUUUACUAAACAAUUAAUUAAAAAUCCACGGUUAUUGGAGCAGCAGCUGGUGUGUUCAAUGUUGAUAUUUCUAACGCGAAUGUCACUGUUAGUUUACACAUUAUAAGAACGUUCAAUCAAAAUUUGUUCAUUCUACUCAAAUCUAAACGAAAACUUUAACAUCAAAGAGCUGAUAAGAACCAACUAUACACAUUACAUUUUGUGUCUGGGGAAUAUUUGGCAGUAUUUGUAAGCAUGAAUUGUUAGGCUCUUUUACUCUAUAUAUGAAUUCAUAACUCAAUGCCAUAGUUGA